AUGGAAUUUAUCACCAAAUUCAACAAAUAUCAGAAACAAAUAGAAUGUAGCAAAUGCAAAGGUACAUGGUUAAACAUUGACAGAAUCGAUCAUAUCGAAAUCGAAGACGAAGAAUAUGCAGAGAUUGUUUUAUUACGCAAAAACUGUACAAAGAAAUUUACAACGGCAGAGGUACAAGAAUUAAUCACUAAAGUAACAAAAGAAAAGAAAAGACAGAUAGGAGAUACAAGAGUUACAGCAAAUGACAAGAAUAUGAAACAACAAAAAAAAAACGAAGAGCAGAUGCAAACAGGUACAGAAGAAAAAAGUGAUUUUGAAGAUGACGACGAAAGUGAUGUGCCAGAUAUCGCAGACACAGAAAUGGAACAAGACGAAGAACUAGCAGGAGAAAUAAAUGUCUGGAACGAAAUGAAGCUACUAAAAAAAAGAUUAGAAAAAACAGAAAAAGAAACAAAAAAAAUGCAGGAGCUUAUUAGGGAGAACAUCAACCUGAAAAAAGAAAAUAUUGAACUAAAAAGGAAAAUGCGAGAAAUGGAAGAAGAAAACGAAACAGAAGAGUACAAUGAAACAAAUAACAACAACAACAACAACUAUCAAGAAGAAAACUUAAAUCAGAGUAAAAUUCAGGACAGCAACACAAACUCACAUAACGAGUUCCCAUACUUAAAAGCAACAAAAAGCAAUAUAGCACAACAACAAAACAACAACAACAACAAUUGGACCAAAAGAAGAAAAAAUCAAUUUUUUCGACAAAACAACCCAACUAAGAAACAAUUGGAAAUAGCAACAAGAACAUUCGAGGAAAAAAAAGAAGACAACAACUUCAUAAACAUACAUAUACCAUGCAAAAGACGAAUGAAACCAUCCGAAAUUAGAAAAAAACUAGCCUACGUUGGAAUCGACAACAUACAAGUACUUGAUACAUACUGUCCCGAUUGGGAUACAGUACUACUAUUAAUACACGAAAAAUAUAAAGACACAGCAGAAAAAAAAUUGGAACAGGCGGGUAUAUUCACAAAGGAAUAUAACUACCUACAUAUUUCACAUUUAAGAGACAGCAAAUUAGCAGGACUAUCGACAGAAGAAAAAGUAGCAAAACUGCAGCAAAUUAGGAACAACUGUUCAAUGAGAGCAUUAGAAUUUAUUAGAGAGCCGGUAAAAAAAUCAGUAGCAAGAUGCUUUUACCGUCAAAACAUUAUUAGCGAAGACCAAUUGAAACAAAUAUUGACAGGAAGAAAUAUGAACGAAGCAAUGGACAUUUUUCAAGAACCAGCAAAAGAAGAACAACCAAUCGGAGAUGCGAUUGUCAGUACGCCAAAUGAUAAUAGCAGAAUACCAAAGCUACCUAAGUUACACACCCGGCCAACUUUUAAGCCAAUCACGCCAGCUCGAUUUAAGCGUCAGCGAUUGCUAUACAUAGCGUUGGGUAUCAUACCGUUCCGGCCCGGACACAAUUAAAUAGUAGUAUAAAUAUAUUUUCCCUGUUUAUUUCAAUAAAGGACAGCUAUCUUUUAAGUAACUCUAAACGUGCUGAUAGACCCUAACCUUUGGGUAUACAUCCAUCCAUCAGCGAAUCACACGAAUCAACGACUGACAACUGGUAGCACCAGGACGCUUAUCUUACACUUUUGAUCCUUUUAUCCGGGAAUAAAGUGAUCGAAAAACUUAGAAGAAAAGGUGUUCAAGAAAGACAAGUUAAGACGGAAAGUCAAGUCAUUACAAGCAUUAAGAACAGUAAUUAAGGAACCAAGUCAAGAUCAAGUCUAAAUUUUGCAAGAGACACGACAAGACAUAGGCAGAUUAGCAAGUCAAUUUAUUUUUUCAUUUUUUCAUUUUUUCA